CCGGGCCGCGGGCGGGGGAAGGCCAUGGCCGGGCCCCGCGCCGCCGCCGCCCCGGCGCCUCUUCCGGCGGCGGCGGCGGAAGCGGCAGCGGCAGCGGCAGCGGCGCAGCAUGGCGGACCCGCGGCGGCCGGCGCGGGUGGCCAGGUACAAGCCGCCGGCCACGGAGAGCAACCCGGCGCUGGAGGACCCCACGCCGGACUACAUGAACCUGCUGGGCAUGGUGUUCAGCAUGUGCGGCCUCAUGCUCAAGCUGAAGUGGUGCGCCUGGAUCGCCGUCUACUGCUCCUUCAUCAGCUUCGCCAACUCCCGCAGCUCCGAGGACACCAAGCAGAUGAUGAGCAGCUUCAUGCUGUCCAUCUCGGCCGUGGUGAUGUCCUACCUGCAGAACCCCCAGCCCAUGUCCCCUCCCUGGUGACGCUCCCCGCCGGCGUCGCGCUGUCGCCCGGCUCAAAGAAUAAAGGAGCGGCUGGAGGGAGCUCGCCGGCUUUGGAGACGGGCUGCUCUGGUUUUGCAGCGCGAA